AUGUCCUUAGCAAAUGGACUUUGGCUUGGUGAAGUUCCUGUUGAGUUAUCUCGCUUGACAUUUGUGGAGAAGUUACUUGUAGCGAAAUACCGCCACAAUGUAUGUGUAGUAUCUGUCAAGAUGGGUCAAAGGAAGAUGAGGGCGAAUGCAGUGGUUUUUCCGCAGCCUGUUAUCAAGGUCUGUAGGAUACUACCACCUCCAAGAGAUGAGAUGGAUGAGGUAUUGGCCAUAUUAUGGACAGGUUCAGCGGCACCUGUAUCUGCAGACUUCAAAAGGGUGCCAAUUCUUGUGCGACACAGGGCUGUGUAUGAGGCCCUUAUCUGGCUGAAGCGACAUCAUUCCGAUUAUGCAGAUAUCGCCAUCUCUAUGGAUAACCUAAUGCAAUACUCAGAGGAUGUGCCUCCUGUUCAUAUAUCACACUUACAUGCUGGUGAUGUAACUGAGCCUCAUAACGUUCCUGUAUUCCAUAAUGGUGAUGACGAUGAUGGGGCCGUAGUGGAUGGCCCUUGUCCAUUUGUUGUCGAAGGACUCCUCGGUGCUGACUUGGCUCAAAUGUCAAUUGAGCGUCAGAAGCAGGUAGCAUUGCAGCAUUUGCAUUCCGGCAAGAAGGUUCUUGCUGUGGGAAAAGGGCGG